UUAUUAGCGUUCACUGUCAAGAAAUGGAUGUUUGUGAUUUCCGCGUAGGUUCCGGUUUCCUGUAUACUGCGUUGCUAUGGUAAUACACUACGUAUCAUCCCCGCACCUCGAUUGAGCCUCAAAAAUUGAAAAUUAUAUUUUCUAUAAUGUGUUGGGUCGUGGUGGUACCUUCGUUGUCUCAAAUAAUACGAGGGCUUUAGCUAUUCAUCUUUGAAUCUGAGUAGUAUAUGUGAUAUUGUCUAAUAUUUACAUUAAUUGUUGAAAAGCAAACUUACGUGCACACACAUUAGAGCUAUCAAAAAUUGGUUGAGGACAAAAUUAAACUGAUAUAGGUGGCGGAGAGUGCAACGGAGAUGUGUUACCGCGCAUUACACAACGUGAUGAAGCGCGCUCACCACGAGCGGGCUGCGCACGCGCGGCUGCUCGACAAGCAACGCCGCGUGCGUAGCAUAGUGCACCAGAUGACCCUGCGCGGAGAGCCGCGACAGAACAUCGACGACGUGGAAGACACUCUGACCCCUCCAGAAGUAGCCGUACUCCAGAGUAUUGAGAAGCGUCUGAAACAGUUGAACACAGCGGAGCUGGAAUUGGAUAGGAAUCUUUUUAUAUUCAAAUGGUACUUCAUGUAUCCACAGUGAUAUUCGUAUUUAAUUGUUAAGUUUGUAAUAAAUUAUAUAAUUUUAAGAUGAUAUAUUUUAUUUACUAGAUAAUAAUAUUAUGACAUAUUGAAUUUUUGAUAUCUAGUAAAAUCAUACAAAUUAUCUACAUACAGUGGUAGCCAUAU